AUCGUGAGCUGGAGCUGGAGGGAUCACGUGCAGAUGUGAUGAGAGCGUAACCGGGAUGAUUAACGGUGAUGGAGGGGGAGCACCGACACGAUGGAUCAGCCCGGCCGUGAGGAUGCUGCUGUGGAUGUAGAGGACGCUUAGAGCCACCCGUGUGUGUGUGUGUGUGUGUGUGUGUGUGUGUGUGUGUGUGUGUGUGAAUGCGUGAGGGUGUGUGAGUGUGUGUCCGCAAGAAAAUGGGGAAGGAUCAGGAACUGUUGCAGGCGGUCAAGACCGAGGAUCUGGUCACCGUGCAGCGGCUACUGCAGAGACCCAAACAGGGCAAAUCCAAGCUCCUGGGUUCUGCCAAGCGGGUGAACGUGAACUUCCAGGACACAGACGGGUUAUCUGCUCUUCACCAUGCGGCUCUAAAUGGAAACGUGGAGCUGAUAGCGCUGCUGCUGGAGGCACAAGCCAUUGUGGACAUCAAGGAUCAGAAAGGGAUGCGCCCGCUGCACUACGCCGCCUGGCAGGGGAAAUGUGAGCCACUGAAAAUGCUGCUGAAGGCGGGAUCAUCGGUCAACAGCCAAUCGGAUGAAGGACAGAUUCCGCUGCACCUCUCGUCCCAACACGGCCAUUACGAUGGAAGCGAGAUGCUGCUGCAGCACCAGUCCAACCCCUGCAUCCGAGACCACGCCGGAAAGACACCCCUGGACCUGGCCUGUGAAUUCGGACGCGUCUUGGUGGUGCAGUUACUCCUGAACAGCAACAUGUGCGCCGCCAUGCUGGAGCCCAAGCCCUCCGACCCCAACGGCAUCAGCCCGCUUCACCUGGCCGCCAAGAACGGACACAUCGACAUCAUGAAGUUGCUGAUACAAGCUGGCAUAGACACAAACAGGCAGACAAAGUCUGGCACGGCGCUGCAUGAAGCCGCUCUGUGUGGAAAAACAGAUGCCGUCCGCCUCCUUCUAGAUAGCGGUGUCAGUGCCAGCGUGAGGAACACGUACUGCCAGACGGCGCUGGACAUCGUAAACCAGUUCACCACCACACAGGCCAGCAGAGAAAUCAAACAGAUGCUCCGAGAUGCAUCUGCAGCCAUGCAGGUUCGAGCCCUUAAGGACUACUGCAACAACUAUGACCUGACGAGCCUUAACAUCAAAGUAGGCGACAUCAUUACGGUCCUGGAGCAGCACUCCGAUGGUCGCUGGAAGGGCUGUAUCCAUGACAACCGCACCGGAAACGACCGCGUGGGCUACUUCCCCUCCAACAUGGUGGAGGUCAUCAAGAGGGCAGGACCCUCUACUCAGCAGUAUCUUAAGAUACACAUCCGUCCGCCGGCAAUUGGCUCAGUUGCCUUGGUGAACGGUGACUCCUCCCACAUUCUCUCUCUACCCCUGACCCCACUGUUCCCCCCUCCCACCCUGAUCUCUUCCCAUCAGCCCCUGUUCACCUCAUUCGGGUAUAACACACCCACCUGCAGCUCAUUUGUGUUCGAACCGCCCUCCUCCCGCUCAGAGGAGCCGAAAAGAGACACAGGUUCCAGAGGCUCCAUGUCCAGCCCGCAUGGCUCUCCGACUCUAAGUGGACAGCAGAGUAGUUCCAGUGAGGAGAUCUGGGUGCUGAGAAAACCUUUUGCAGGUGCUGGCAGCACGGGCAGUCUGGCCAGUGGACGUUCGUCGGCCAGCGGUCAGGUGGACAACGCCAACGCUCAUCUCGCCAGCUCACCUGUCCCCGUACCCACCACUCCGACACAUUCACCGAGCCACAACACGCACGGUCUGAACGUGCCCGGGCUACACGCACAAGCCGAGGGGGUGAAGUUGCUGGCCACUGUGCUGUCUCAAUCCGCCAAAGCUAAAGAACAUCUUCUGGAGCAGGAAUCCAAUACAGCUACAUCACAGAUUACCCAGAGUGCACCUGGUGGCCCUCGUCCUGAGAAGAAGAAACCCUUUGUUGAUCCUUUACUACAGAGGAAAGACAGCACGUCAUCAGAAAGCAAGAGCUCUGAGGCGGUUGCUGAAUGGCUCACUAGUGCUCAGCUGCAGUUUUACACCACAAACUUCCUGACCGCUGGAUACGACCUUCAGACCAUCAGUAAGAUGACUUCAGAGGAUCUUACAGCAAUUGGGGUAACAAAACCUGGGCACAGGAAGAAGAUGCUGUCCGAGAUCAGCAAACUGAACAUCCCUGACUGGAUACCUAAAGAGAAGCCAACCAGUCUAGCGGAGUGGUUGUCUCUGAUCGGACUCAGUCAGUACUACCAGACUUUAGUCCAGAACGGUUACGAGAACAUGGACUUUGUAAGCGACAUCACCCUGGAGGACUUACAGGAGAUCGGGAUCACUAAACUGGGACACCAGAAAAAGUUCAUGCUGGCCGUGAGUCGGCAGGGAGAACCUGCCAAAGAGGACACCUCUUUGUCAAUGAGCCAGUCGGAUGAAAGCACAAGUUCAAAAGAAUACACCGCUACAGAAUCGACUCCUGCACCCAGGACGCGCAGGUCAAUCGAGGGUCGUGGUUCUCCCCGGCACACCCCGCAGGGCCGGGGCAUGCAGCGGGCAAAUGCCUUGCCUCCUUUACGAAAGCAUUCAUCAAAUGACAGUCCAGAUUCCACACCUCCACACACCCCCACUAGAGCCAAACCCUCGGCCCCUCGCUCAAACUCUUACGCCCGCACAGUCCCGUUACUCUGCCUUCCACCUGAGGGCACGACCGAGGAUGAGGAAGACUCUACACCCCCCUUGCCCAGGCGGAAAGAGCUGCCCUUCUCCGACUCGUCUGUUAAGGGAUCAACGUUGACCGGAACCACCCCUACUGACUCGUCCCCGGACAUUGGUGGAGUUAACCGUAGCCAGUCAUUCGCCACGACCCGCCCUCGUAGAAGAACCCGUCCACCGACACCGCCAAAGCGCUCCUGCUCUUCCAUCUCCACAGGGAACCUGGCUAAUGAAGCAGCUAAUGAGAGUGGGGUUGGCCAGGUUGAGCAUCGUGAGUCACUUCUCAGUGUGACGUACAGGGAGCGGCGGCGUAGUGACUGUGGACCCAUUUCUGAAUCAAGCGUGUCAAGCGGCAGCGUUCGAGAUAUCGCUGCCAUGCUGGAAAUGUCCACGUUAGGGGGUAAAGCUAAAGGAGCUGGGAAGAAUUACUUACAGGCAAGCCCGGACAUCCUGCGGCGGAACCGUGACACUCUGAGCUCAGACGAAGAGAUGCAGAGCCGGCGUCGCACCAUCAGCGGACCCUUGGGUGACUAUGCCAGCUCUGGUGGGCAGCGAGAUGGAGUCCAAGAAGACGACGUCACAAAACACAGUCAUGCCAAAAAAGAGGUUCAGGACACGAUUUUCAGGAUUUUAGAUGAACCCAUCACGACCAAACAGGCGAGAAUGCCCCCACGAAGGCAGACCCCGGAGCCCCGGCCCCGCUCCACGCUCACCCACGAGGAGUGGUCACGUGUGGACGCCACAGCAACCUUAAGGAGGCCGCGUCCACCCCACGAGCCGGACAGCGAGAGGUUCCAGCUCACCGAAACCAGCACGGUACGUCGGCGACCGAAAGCACUGGCUCCCCCGCAGGCGAACGGUGCAACAGUAAUUCCACACGCGAGACCCGUGUUAGAUGCUGAAGACUCGUUUCGAGAAAGGAAUACAGGCGACGAUUUUAGGCACGUGCUGAAGCCCCCGGUCUCUCCCAAACCAGCGCUGGCUCACAGGAAGCUUGAUCCACCAACCCCAACCAGGAGAGUGCCAAUCCCUGGACCAGAAAGCCAACACAGCACAGGAGAAACCAGAAAAGUUCCACCGCCAGUGUCUCCAAAGCCAAGCCCACCCCCUACUCUCCCAAAACCUAUCAAAAUAAAGCCUUUGCAGACCCCGAGUCCUCCUGCUUCUUCUCAGACACACACUCUUACCCCGCCCAGUGAUCAAAAUGCACACCCCCAUCCCACCAGAUUUUUCUCUGAGCAAAUAGAUUGUUCUAUUACUAGUCCAGGGACCCCAAAACCAAUGGAAUCUCACUCGCUCUGCCCGCGACCUUUGACCUCUCCAGCUCAGAGCCCACAGACCCCUCAAACCCCACAAACCCCGUCCACUCCUGGGUCUGGUUCAGGCUCUGCGCCCAUCAAACCCCCACGGUCCUCCAUGGCUGGGCUCUCAGUGGACAUCCCAAGUCCUUUGGAGACUGAGCCAUGUGAAGCAGAAAACAUGACUGGGGGAUCAGUUAUAAGGAACCAAGAGAUAGAAGCUUCCAGAGUGGGAAGUGACCUCAGUAGGGCCACGGAGGGGUCAGGAGAGGGGUUGAUAAGGCGAAGGAAAGUGGGUAUGGCCAGACAGAUGCCGAUUGAAGGGGACAUAGAGGGACUAAAGCAUGACGAUGGUGUAAAAUCAGAGGAAGUUCACUAUACGGUUCUGGAGCCCAGAGGACCAGAUAGAACAAGAAUUCCUGUAGGUGGAGUCCGGCUGGAUGAGACCAGUGCCUCCCUCGCUGCUGCUCUGGAAGUCGUAGAGGAAAAGAUAAAGACAGAGGACAGCUCUGUGAUGGAGAAGAAAAGCACAGUCAACAUCCUCGAUGACAUCGGCAGCAUGUUCGAUGACCUGGCUGACCAGCUGGAUGCCAUGCUGGAUUAAAACAAAAUGAAAUGGUUAAAAGAAGAAGCACAAGGUGAAUCGUGGACAGAACUGCAGAGCUUUCAUCUUUACAUCUCUAAUGAGCACCAGGCUUCAAACACUCCAGUGAUGAAGGAAACCUGAGAGGAUUCGUUCUGCGAGACGGACGGAGCUCUUGGAUGGGGAAAUCUUAAGGUUUUUAGGUUUCCAAUUCCAGAGCUCUGGAGAGGUAUGGAGUUUGGCAUGUUGACCAUGUUCGGCGAAGGUCUUUGAGCCAGUAGUGACUGCUUUCAUGCUGCUUCCAGAGAUAAGCACAAUUUAUUGCUAACAAGCUACUGAAAUGCCAUUUUGGUCAAGAAACACUAGCAGUGUGUCUAUGUGAAUACUACGUUCGUGUGGGUUUGGUGUUUUCCCUUCGAUGACGAUAUGGUCCGAAUGGCCUGUCGAAGAUUGUAUUUGUUUUUUCCACUGAUCAUUGGAAUUGUGCUCAUUUAUUGUGCUCGCCAUUAAAACCAGCGACAGCUACUGACACCCCUGGCCAGAUGUCAUAUUUAGUUAGAUUUUUGAGGUCAAACAAAGAGGUAAACACAA